UCCUCCUCCUCCUCCUCCUCCUCCAUCCCCCCCUCACGCAGCCCCCCCCCGCCCCCUUUGUCUCCCCCGCGCCGCCGCCGGCUGCGCUCCGCCCGCCCCGCACACAGCGCGCACACACACACACACACACGCACGCACACCGCUCACACCCCCGAGGCUGAGGUGCCGGGGGAGCGCCCGCCCUCGCUGCCGAGGACAGAGAGCCCCGGGCAGCCUUUUGAAUAUCGAAGGUUCCUGAGUCAGACCGAAGACAGCCGUAGCUGAGGUGGAUUAACGCUGGAAUGUAGUCAGGGACUGGAGCACUUGGGAGCUAUGCUUAGACAGAAAGGAAAGAGCAGGAUAUGAUGCUUCUUCUAAGUCCGGGCUUUGGCCUCACACAGUAGGUGUAAUAUAAUCGCUGAGGUGGGCGUUCUGCAAGGAGAAUUAUUUUUGGAGGCUUUUGCAUGAAACUUGUCCAAUGAGUCUGAGACGCCCAAGCACCAUUAAUUGUGGAGGAAAAAGAUGGAGUAUUGCAUGCUGGGAACAAGUGCUUUCCAUAAGGUACAGCAGCAGCUCAUGAUGCCCCGUAAAGCUUUUCUUUCCCAGAAAGAAAAGCAGGCUCGUGCCAGGGAAAGAGAUAUGUUAAAAAAGAGGAGGAGGCGACAAGACUAUCUCAAAAGAAGCGUGGAGCCACAGAAAAAUGCAGAAACAAUAAAAUGGCACAGGGAUGAUGAGAAGAGGAGAGAAAAUGAGCAAGUUAAGGACAAAGAUAUCAAGAAGCGGUGGAGACAGGAUGAGAGAGAACGACGAAAGAAUGUGGACGCUAUGAAUUGGCGCAGGGAAGAUGAGAAGAGGGAAAAUGAGCGAGAAACUAUGUUCCAACUUCCUGUCAACAACCUUGGCAGUUUAAGAAAGGCCCGGAAAACUGUGAAAAAAAUACUUAGUGACAUUGGUUUGGAAUACUGUAAGGAACAUAUAGAAGAUUUUAAGCAGUUUGAACCUAAUGACUUUUAUUUGAAAAACACUACAUGGGAAGAUGUAGGAUUGUGGGACCCAUCGCUUACAAAAAAUCAGGACUAUCGGACAAAGCCCUUUUGCUGCAGUGCAUGUCCAUUUUCCUCGAAGUUCUUUUCAGCAUACAAAAGCCACUUCCGGAAUGUUCAUAGUGAAGACUUUGAAAAUCGGAUUCUCCUUAAUUGUCCUUACUGUACUUUCAAUGCGGACAAAAAGACUUUGGAAACGCACAUUAAAAUAUUUCAUGCUCCAAAUGCCAAUACACCGAGUGGAGGCAUCAGCACUUUUAAAGAUAAAAACAAACAUGAUAGCCUUAAACCUAAGCAGGCUGACAGUGUAGAACAAGCUGUUUAUUACUGUAAGAAGUGCACUUACCGAGAUCCUCUGUAUGAAAUAGUUAGAAAGCACAUUUACAGGGAACAUUUUCAGCAUGUAGCUGCUCCUUAUGUGGCAAAGGGAGGUGAAAAGUCGCUCAAUGGUGCAGUUCCAUUAAGUUCCAGUACCCGGGAGGAGGGUAGUAUUCACUGCAAACGAUGCCUUUUUAUGCCGAAAUCAUACGAAGCUUUAGUACAGCAUGUUAUCGAAGACCACGAACGUAUAGGAUAUCAGGUAACUGCAAUGAUAGGUCACACUAAUGUAGUGGUUCCAAGAUCGAAACCUUUGAUGCUAAUAGCUCCAAAACCACAGGAUAAAAAGCCUAUGGGACUCCCUCAGAGGAUGGGUCCCCUUUCCCCUGGAAGUGUUCGAUCUCUUUCAUCCCAACAGAUGAUGAACAGACUCACUAUACCAAAGCCUACGUUAAAUUCUGCAGGAGUGAAUAUGAUGUCAAACGUUCAUCUACAGCAGAACAAUUACGGAGUCAAAUCAGUACCACCAAGUUACGUUGGUCAGCCAGGGGGGAGGCUAAACUUAAGUGGUAAUGCACCAGUUUCUCUUUCACAGCAGUCUCAAACAAUGAAACAGUUUUCAAGUGGCAAUGGAAGGCCUUACACUCUUGGAGGGGAACAGAGAUCACAGGCCUCAGCAAGAUACUCUCUUCAGUCUGCCAAUUCAUCCUCUCUUUCAUCAGCUCAGUUGAAACAAACAUCAUUAUCUCAGUCACAGGCAGCUUCAAGAGUAUUAGGUCAGUCUGGCUCAAAAUCUCCCGUAGCUGCUACAGGUCCUUCUGCUGUCAAUACAUCAUCCACGCAAAAGUGGAAAAUCUGUACAAUCUGUAAUGAGCUGUUUCCUGAAAAUGUGUAUAGUGUCCACUUUGAAAAGGAGCACAAGGCUGAAAAGGUGCCUGCAGUAGCUAACUACAUAAUGAAAAUACACAAUUUCACUAGCAAAUGUCUAUACUGUAAUCGCUAUUUACCCACUGAUACAUUGCUUAAUCAUAUGCUAAUACAUGGUCUGUCUUGUCCGUAUUGCCGUUCGACCUUCAAUGAUGUUGAAAAGAUGGCUGCUCAUAUGCGAAUGGUUCAUGUGGAUGAAGAAAUGGGACCUAAGACUGAUUCCACUCUAACAUUUGAUUUGACACUGCAGCAGGGCAGUCACACAAACAUACAUCUACUUGUAACCACCUACAACUUGAGAGAUGCUCCUGCUGAAUCUGUAGCUUACCAUGCUCAGAAUACUCCCCCUGUUCCUCCCAAACCACAGCCGAAAAUCCAGGAGAAGUCUGAUGUACCUGUAAAAAGUUCCCCACAAGCAGCAGUUCCCUACAAAAAAGACGUAGGGAAAACUCUCUGUCCUCUGUGCUUUUCAAUCCUGAAAGGACCCAUCUCUGAUGCACUUGCACAUCAUUUACGAGAGAGGCAUCAAGUUAUUCAGACAGUUCAUCCAGUUGAGAAAAAGCUAACCUACAAAUGCAUUCAUUGCCUUGGUGUAUAUACCAGUAACAUGACUGCCUCAACUAUAACGCUGCACCUUGUUCACUGCAGAGGUGUUGGGAAGACUCAGAACGGCCAGGACAAAGGUACUUCGUCAUCUCGGCUAAGCCAGUCUCCAGCUGUAGCACCUGUAAAACGUACUUACGAACACAUGGAAUUCUCGCUAAUGAAGAGAAGGAAAAUGGAUGACGACGACUCCCCCUCUGCCUUUGAGGAGAAGCCUGAAGAACCCGUAGUUCUAGCAUUGGACCCCAAGGGUCACGAAGAUGAUUCCUACGAAGCCAGGAAAACAUUUCUCACAAAGUAUUUUAAUAAGCAACCAUAUCCCACUAGGAGAGAGAUUGAAAAGCUGGCUGCCAGUUUGUGGCUCUGGAAGUCUGAUAUCGCGUCUCACUUCAGCAACAAAAGGAAGAAAUGUGUUAGAGAUUGUGAAAAAUAUAAACCUGGUGUGUUGCUUGGUUUCAACAUGAAAGAACUGAACAAAGUUAAACACGAAAUGGAUUUUGAUGCUGAAUGGCUGUUUGAAAACCACGAUGAAAAGAAUUCCAGACUCAAUGUUAGUAAGACUGUUGACAAAAAAAUAAACAUAGAAAAAGACAAUGAAAGUUCCUCAGACAGCUAUGAGAAUAUAGAAGAGGAAUACAAUGAAAGCGGUAGUCCGUUUGGUCCGCAUAUUUCUGACAUUGGUGGGAAAGCCUCUUCUGAUAGCACAGUGGAGAACCCAGACGACAGCAUAUCCAAGGAAAUCAUUGAAGAAAAUACUUUACAGUCUCCAGAGAAGUCUGAUCAAAAACAAGAUGAAAGCUCUAAAUAUGAAGAGAUGUCUUCUGAAGAGCCAACAAAACUGGUGGGUGAUGUUUCAGAUAGUGAAGGUGAUCAGGAUGAGCAAGAUGAUGCUGUUGAAUGGAAAGAUGGAGCUUCACAGUCUGAAAGUGGGCCUGGUUCUCAGCAGGUUUCGGAUUUUGAAGAUAAUACAUCAGAAGUAAAACCAGAAGUGUGGACAGAUGAAUCCUCCCAAAGUGAAGAUGCUGGUAGCAGUAAACCGACUGUUGAGACAAAAGGGGGUGGAUCUGAAAGUGAUGAAGAACAGUCAAAGUGGAAAAAUCGUUCCUAUGGAAAAGUAGAAGAGUUUUGGUCUAAGGACCAGUCGCAAUGGAAAAAUGCAUCAGAGAUUGAGGAGAGCUUGUCAAACCAGCAGAUGGAAUGGCAGAAUAGCACAAUUGACAGUGAGGACGGAGAUCAGUUUGACAGUGUGACUGACGGGGUAGCAGAACCAAUUCACAGCAGCUUAACCGGUGUGGAGCUGAGUAGCCAGCAAGCAUAAGCUGCUUGAAGCAGAAGUGUCAGUAAUACCCACUCUACAACUGUCUAAACACUUUCAUUUCAGUAUGACUGCUAAGCUUAAAUUCUAACUGGUACUGCCUUUCAAGUGCUAGGUCAUGGUGUUUGAGGCCGCUGUUACUCCAGUGGUUAUGUAAGGAAGCUGUUGGCUAAUCUUGCUUGAGAAUACCUGCUGGGACGAGCACAGUAACUUAAUGUGAAAACAGAUAAGCUGGUGGCUCCAGAAUGCACACAGAGAAAAGUAGAGGUUUGUUUUAUCCGCAUUUUCAACAUUUAUUUCACUCUUGUACAUGUUCAGUUGUAUGUCUUUUUAAACAUUACCCUUUUUCACAUGGUAGUGUAGGGCCAACAUACAAACUACCAGUUCAACGUGUAUAGUAGACUAUGGGGAAAUUGAUUUUUUUCAUGUAUCAUUCUGAAUAGUUGAAAUGUAUAUUUGUACAGUCUUUUAGACCUAUUCAAGUGAAGCUUAUGAAAUUGUUCUUGUGUACCCAUCAUAGAUUUGUUUCUCUUUUUUAGUGUUGCCCUGCUGUGUAAUAAAUGCUGUAUCUAGUUUACCUAGCAAAAGCUUGAAACUGCUAUAGUAUGAAUUUUGACAAACUUAGUUUUUGCACAUAACCUUGUACAAUCUCAAAAACAGAGGCCAGCAACAUAAAAUAUAUCUGGACUCUAUUGUAUUAUAGAAUUUUCUUGUUCUGAAUAUCCUUGACAUUACAACUGAUGAUAAACGUAUUUCAGAGCCAUUUUCUGAAAUCUUUUAAGCUAAAAAAGAAAAAUCACAUGCAAGAAACAAGUUUGCAGCUACUAAUUUUGACACCUUUUAGAUCUGUAUAAAAGUGUAUUGUGUUGAAGCAGCACACUGAAACAAAAGUGCUGUGUUUUGGAUAUUUAGUUUUAUCUUUAGUUAACACCAACAAGGUGUUGUAUUCAUUUAUACCAUCUAAUAUAUGACACACUGUUGUAGUAUGUAUAAUUUUGUGAUCUUUAUUUCCCUUUGUAUUCUUCAUUUAAGCAUCUAAAUAAAUUGCUGUAUUGUGCUUAAUGUAAAUAUUUGCUUUAUUACAUGCAAGUGCCACGUGCCUGUUCGGUAAAUCCCACAGUGCUGCUUUUUUUUUCCCUUGUCCAAAAAGUGCUCCACAGCUCUGCAGGAGCAUGUAUGUAUAGUAUUUUCUUACUGGAUAGACUGAUCUCUUCAAGGACAUUGAAAAAU